AUGCCACCCCCGGCUCUGAGGCCCCCCCUGCUCCUCUGUGUGCUGCUGCUGCCGCUGGAGGCCCAGGGAGGGUACCGUGGACCGUCCCCGUGGACUCCGGAAGCCGCGGCCUGUAAGCAGUGGCCCAGUGCUGAGCGCUGCAGCCUCCGCUGUUCCUAUUUCCAAAAGUGUCAAGUAAACAGCAUGUGCUGCUUGACCUUCUGUGGGAGCGUUUGCCUGAGCAUCCUGUGA